AAUCAGCUGGAAAUCCAGAGACCCAGCAGACGAACACAACUGAGUGUGGAUGUGUCAUGACUAACCACCGCGGAUAGUAUUUCAUCAGCUGACCUCCGGAAUCGUCGACACUCGACUGGAAUAUUCGUGAACGUUCAUUCAAUUUAGCACUGUCACUGGAAAGUCCUUCAGCUUCAAUUUCGUCAUGAGUGAAGAACAGAGCAUGAGUGUCAAGGCUUUCCUUGAUGGGGGAAAGGACCGCCAAGAAGUUAGAAGAUUUGGCUUGCCAGAAACUCUGGCUACUAACUUUGCUGCAUUAAGGGAGAAAAUCUGCACAGUCUUCAACCUGAGUCCUCAAGAUAUUAUAAUAUCAUGGAAAGAUUGUGAAGGUGAUUCAAUUGUAAUUUCUUCAGAUGAGGAACUUGUCGAGGCAAUUGCCGAUUCUUUGAGCAAACAGAAAAUGCAAGUUUUCCGGGUUAAUGUUACCCUUCGACAGAAUGAUAGGGGACAAGAAAAUCAGCAAGGACAGCCCCAAGGAAAUCAACAGGGUGAUAACCAUGAAGGGGUUGUAUGUGAUGUCUGUGAUGGCCCAGUUGUUGGAUUCCGCUACAACUGUGUAACAUGUCAAGACUUUGAUUUGUGUGGUGCUUGUGAAACAAAAGGCUUGCACAGAGAGCACAAAAUGAUCCGCAUGCCAAAACCACUUGCUAGAGGAGAACCAAGAUUUUGGUGGAAAGAACAUUCAGGACCUGGCGGUCAGUAUACAUCACACUUCCGAAUGCACUCUGGUGCCGGUGGUGGUGGUGACAGCAAUGCAUAUUCUUUUUCAUCUUCUACAUCUGGGCCUGGUGCUGAUGCUGGUGGCUGGUGCGGCUGGGGUCCCUGGAUGGGACGUGGGGGCAACCGCUCGUGCAACAGGAAUGGUGGUCGUGGAUGGAGAGGAUGGUGGGGAAAGAACUGGGGAGGAGCCAGAGCAGAUGCCGGAUGUUGGCAAGGUCAGGGACAAACAUUAGGUGGGUUCUCCAGUCAGCAGCAGCAGCAGCAGGGGCAACAACAGCAGGGGCAACAACAGCAGGAGCAACAACAACAGCAGCAGCAGGAUAAAUCACAGGAAAAAGAACAAGAGAGAACUACCAGUGAUAAUGAAAGGGAGUGCCCUUGGACAAGUACCAAUGGUGGACCAUGCCCUUUUGCAGGGGGACACCCUAUACCAAGUCCAGAAAGGGUAGCAGAGGAAGUCCAGUUUGCAGCCCAAGAAGCACAAAAAAUGGCUCACCAUGUAGCCCACCACUUUGCAUCCCAAAUGGCAACAGAUCAAGUAGCUAAUGUAAUGCGUGGAAUAUGGACAGCCUGGUCUGGCCAGCAGCCCCCUGGUGUUGGACCAGCACCUGGGCAGACUUCUCAUUCUUCUUCUUCAUCAUCGUCAUCGUCAUCAUCAUCAUCUGCUUCAAAUGCUGGCGGCAACAAUCAAGAGGAUGGCAAAUCAAAGAAUUCUAGCAGUGGCCCCAGCCAAAGCUCACAUGAGCAGUUUCUGAAAAAUAUUGGAGAAAGUGUUGCAAGUAUGCUUGAACCUAUGGGCAUUGAUGUCGAUGUGUCAGUUGAGCAUAAUGGAAUUCGUCAGCGUUGCAGUCUCAGUGAAGACGACUUACAGGCCCGUCAGAGUCCUACCUCAAAGACCCCUGAUGGUCCCAAGACUCCUGAUGCUACUGAACCUCCUACUGUGUCACCUGAUCCACAACCCACAGCCUCUUCCAGCUCAAAUAUGGAAGUACAAACAGAUAUUCCAGAACAAAAUCCAACUGAAAUGGAAGUUAGCAGCCCUCCUGAGGCAGAGGCACAAAUGGAGAGUGAUGUCGAAGAUUGGACAUUGGUCAAUAGAGAUUCACAAAGUCCAGACAAGCUUAAAACACCCCCAACUCAGCGUCAUGUGGAGUAUCCUGAUUUGCGACAUGUAGAGACUCACCCAAAUCCAGCAGUUCAGCAAGCAUUGGAACAGAUGCAGUCAAUGGGAUACAGCAAUGAGGGAGGGUGGCUAACCAAUCUUCUGGAAAUGAAACAGGGUGAUAUUAAUCAGGUGCUUGAUCUCUUGCAGCCAACGCAUAAAUAAUCUAGUGUGUGUCAUUCUGUUGGGACCAGCACGUGAAAGUAGUCAUUAUUGAUAUCACAUUUGAGGAGUGUAUGAAUUCGUAGAACUCUAAUAUUAGAGUAUUUCUUUAGGUGAAAGUUGCUUAUUAAGUUUGUGAGUGUGUGACAGUGGUACAGUAUAGCUAAUUACCAAAUUUAUAGUUUUAGUAUUUGCCUCAUCUGGUACUGGUAUACUUCACUUGUGAUAGAUGUUAAUCACCUUCAGACAGAAAAAGAGAAAUUAUUAACUUGUGUAUUAGUCAUUCUGUAUUAUCCCAAUUUUAUUUCUUUUCAGUAUACUAUAGGCUUUUCUCUCUGUAAGGAAAUAUAAGAAAUACUGAACCUAUAUAAAAGCUUAACUAGAGGUUCAAGCUUUGUUUUUUUACGUAAUAUGUAUUGAAAUAUUUAUCAAAGACUGUAUACAAGUGUUGAGUGUUGGGGAUAUUUUACUUUCCCAAAUACAAUAUAGUAUGUAGAUGGAUUAACCAAAUACAGUAUAGUAUGUAGAUGGACUGAAUAUUUUGACUAGCAGAGGGGAUUGCAUUAUGAAAGUACAGCUAAUCAUAGUGUUUUGUCAAGUGACUGGGAUGUGAACACUGUUUAUAUUUUUUGGAGAAGGGUUUGUGGUUGGAUGAAUGUGUGUCAUUUCGUAAGUGGAACUGAUGUAAUGUGUAUCCAGUAUGUGAAUUAAUAAUAGUAUAUAUAUCUAUAUAUUCAUUUAA